CGACCAAUCAUCGGCCGUUGUUGUCGCGACCUGACGAAUCACGUUAUUCCCGCGGCUGUUCGAAAGGUACAUUACGUGCGCAUAUUGCAUGCGGUCAUUUCUCACAUUGAACAUUGCAGAAGCGUACGGACGGAGAUUUAAAACCCCGGCGGAAGAGAUUUUACAGAACUUUGGAAAAAAAAGUGCUCGAGAUUUAUCGAAGAAGAAGCUUGAAUUUGUCUCCUCGGAACUCGCAUUGGUUACAACAUGUCUCUGAGAGUGAGAGGAACAACGAACAUCCUUGGCACUGCCAAGCUUGGCAUGCUGAACAGUGAAAACACAGACGCCAGAAUGAACGGAAAGAUGGUGACCAGGGCAACAACAAAGACCAUCAAAUCGACAUUGGGAACAAGAGGCGCCCUGGAGAACAUCAGCAAUGUAGCAAAGAACAAUGUACAAGCUGCAGCUAAGAAGGAGAUCAAACAAAAGAGAGGAAUGACCAAGUCCAAAGCUACAAGCUCUCUACAGUCGGUCAUUGGUCUCCAUGUAGAACCUGUGGAAAAGGUCCAGUCGCCAGAGCCCAUGGACAUGAGUGAAGUCAGCAAUGCUCUUGAGGCUUUCUCACAGAACAUUCUUGAGAUGGGCGUCGAUGACAUUGACAAAGAUGACCAUGAAAAUCCACAGCUGUGCAGCGAAUAUGUCAAUGACAUCUACCACUACAUGAGACAUCUGGAGCGCGAGUUCAAAGUGAGGUCAGACUACAUGGCAAUGCAAGAGAUCACUGAUCGUAUGAGAACGAUCCUGAUUGACUGGCUGGUCCAAGUUCAUCUCAGAUUCCAUCUUCUACAGGAAACACUGUUCCUUACCAUCCAGAUCCUCGACAGAUACCUAGAGGUGCAAGCAGUAUCCAAGACCAAACUCCAGCUGGUUGGUGUGACCUCCAUGUUGAUUGCUGCCAAGUAUGAAGAGAUGUACCCGCCAGAGAUUGGAGACUUUGUCUACAUCACGGACAACGCUUACAGCAAGGCACAGAUCCGCGCCAUGGAGUGUAACAUCCUCCGGAAACUAGACUUCAAUCUGGGCAAGCCACUCUGCAUUCACUUCCUCAGACGUUGCUCAAAGGCUGGUGGGGUUGAUGGUCACAAGCACACGCUGUCCAAGUACAUCAUGGAGUUGACGUUACCAGAGUACAGCUUUGUCAAGUAUGAUCCAUCAGAGAUUGCUGCUGCAGCCCUCUGCUUAUCAACCAAGAUCCUGGAUGAGGAUAUGGAAUGGAACAAAACCCUGGUUCACUACAGUGCCUACAGUGAAGGCCACCUGGCACCAAUUGUGCAGAAGAUGGCCGUGCUCCUCAACAACGCACCCAAGUCCAAAUUCCAGGCUGUCAGGAAGAAGUAUGCCAGCAGCAAGUUCAUGAGCAUCAGCAGCUCCCAAGAACUGAAAUCAUCGGUAAUCACUGAUCUUGCUGACGAGAACUGCUGAGCUUCCAAUCACUCCAGAUGAAUGGUCAUGUAAAUAGUAGUAAAUAGUAGUGUAUUAUAGUCUUUAAUUAAAUAACACCCCUCCAGAAAUUGACAAGCUUCAGCAUAAUUUAAGCAACUCUAAGAGGUACUCCGAUUUUUUUCCCCUUGGUUGUCCUUUUUUUAAGUUAGCAAGUGCAGUUGAAUCUAUUUUAAUCCUGUAUAGAUAGCAAUGCUUGUACUGCCAUGGAGGCCAAAGGCAUAGAUAGAAUUUUUCAUGAAAGUACAAUGUUGUUGAAAUCGGGUGGAGUGGGAUUAUUUGAAUGACAUGACUUAACAUUUUGUGCCAAAUGACCAGACGCACUACAGCAUGAUCUGAAGUUUCCUAAGUAAAAAAUUAUGGCCUCAAUCCUAACAUUUUGUAAGCAUUGCAUGUAUAAUAGCUUUUGCAAGUGCAAUCAGAUUUCUGAUCGGAGGUUAAAUACAUAACGUGUCACGAAAGCCCAUCUGAUCAAGCGUAAUUGACUUCUGCAAUUUAUUAUGCUUCUAGAAUUUUUACUCGUCCAACUUUUUGUCUGUCGUUUCUGACUUUUGUGCUAAAUAUCCGAGACCAAUUUAAUUCUCCAAAG